GCCUAUCCAUUCUUUCACCUUCGACAGUGUCGUCACGUUCAAAUGGUAGGGGACCAGCUACAAGGAUACCUCUCCAACACUCUACUUACCAGUCGGUCACAGCGGCCGUUGAAAAACAUCUGAGGACUACUCUACUUAUCUGCUUUGCGCACCUCUUACUUUCAUUUUUUUUUUUUAAUCUAUACCGAGUGUUUCGGGAAAGUUUUUCGUCAUGGAGAAGGAACCUCAACCAGAAUCUAUGGCUACAGUGACUAUUAAACCCGAGUAUACGCCUUCUGAGUACUCGACUUCUGAACCACCACCGGCUUACAUGAAACCGCGUAGUACAUCCGUCCAGAUUACCAAAAUUGUUGCAGUUACUAUAGUCCUUUGUUCUGUUAUCUUGGGAGGAUUCUUAUUAGCUUCAGCAUACGUCACAGCUAACGCUUCUUGUAAACAGCUGGAGCAAGAAUUAGAUAUUCUCAGCGAGGCGGCGGAAAGAUUUCAGUCACCUUUACAACCAGAAGCUCUAAUACAAGAUUCAUCUGCAGCACCUACAACAAAUUUCAAACGUCAGGUAGAACCACUGAACUCUGAAGCGCCUUCUCACAUAACUAAAGAACUAACCAAUAACAUUGACGAUGAUUCAUCGGAAAGCGAUUCGUCUGAAGAUUCAGAAGAACUCCCUAUCAAAGAAACCAAGAAGAGUGCAGCCUUACCUAUUGAAAUGAACGAUUUGAUUACUCAUUUACUUGAAAAGAACCAAAAAUCGAAAAUGAAUUGCGUGGUCGAGAAGAAGAAAGCCGAAGAAUUCGUCGAUCAUCAACCCAGAACUGUCAGUUUACCUUUUGGAAUUAAUUUAACGACAAAUCCUAGAUUUGAAAAACUUACUGGCGAGCGUAUGGUUAUCGUUUGCGAAAGUGGUACUAUGCAAAAUGCCGAACCCUCAAUGAAACCGAAAGAGGAAAAUGAAGACGACGAAGAUAACGAUGAUGAUGACGAGGAAACUAUUAUGAUACAUCCAAUUAUGAUCCCGAUACCUCAGACACAAUUCCAAACCCAUAUGCCUCAACAAAUGCCACCGAUGCCCCAACAACGUCCAGAGCAAAUGCGUCCCAUUAUCCAAAUUGAAACGUUUAGACCAUCAGCGCCAUCCAUGAGACCAUCUGUGCCCUCCAUGAGACCAUCUGUGCCCUCCAUGAGACCAUCUGUGCCCUCCAUGGGACCAUCUGUGCCCUCCAUGGGACCAUCUGUGCCAUCCAUGAGACCAUCUAUGAUGCCACAACAGCAACCCCAAGAACAGAUACAAAUGAGACCACAAAUCCAGAUACACGUUCAACCACAACAACCACAACAAGCCGAGUUCCCACCAAAUCCUAUCCUACAACACAUCGUUAGACAAAUUGUUGCUCAGAAAAUAAUGGAAAGCCAAAGAUUACGCGAACAACAAUUGAGAGAACAACAAGAAGAGCAACAACAACAACAACAAGUCCAAUCAGAAGUUAACCAAGAUGUUGAUGAACGUCCACGGUUCGUUCAAAUCGAACAAAUCGGACAACCGAUCGGUCAGCACAGAUUUCCUCUUCCCGAAGAAAUUUUAACUCAACUCAACAGAUUACCCAAUCGCGAAGUUAUCGUAGCCGUACCUGAUAAUGCUUCCGAAGAACCACAGCAAGAUAUCCAAUACGUACAACAACAAAGAGAAAGCGCUAACGAGAUGAAUGGAAGACAAUCGUACAGUUCGGUUCCUAUGAGUAUCCCAGUUGGAAUGACCCACGAUCAAGAAGCUACCGAACCGGAGCAACAAGCCACUGAUGAAAGGCACCACUAUGUUCAACCCAGAUCAGUUUGAUGAGGUUAAAUUGAGGUUGAAACAGUGUGAUUUCGAAAAUUACCUAAUCACAUGCUUACCAAUUAAAAAAAUCACUUAAGUAGAUAAAAUAGUGGCACAAUUUAGUACUACUAAUUAAGAUUUCUAUAUGUAAAUAUCUAUUUGUUAUGGAUAAGUUUUAUUCCCUUUUUUUUUGACGUGUAUUCUUCAAAGGGUAAUAUUUAAAACAAUAAAGUUUAUUUUUCGAAUUUAGUUUAAUGGUUUAUAUGUAAAUACCAGAAAUAUGUCUAAUUAAUUGUGAUUUUAUGGAAAAUAAAAUAUAUUUUCUUGUUU